AGGCGUAGAACACGCUGAUGGCUGCUGUUGUUCGGGCGGUGCUAUCGAAGCCGCGCGACGUCUCAACGUACGUUCCUUAGAGACGGUCUCUCUGGACGGUACUAGUAGCGAGGGAUCGCUCCAGGCGUUUCGUAUCUCUGCGGCGGCGGUUAUCAGGAAUUGGCGUAGGUAUUAGCAGUAAUAUCAGCAGAGGUAUCCAUAUUCAGCAGUCUGUUGAGGUACAGCGAAUACCCGCUUCCUGUGUCGGCGUCGCGGGCGAUCGGAGCGAACGCUGGGGACACUUAACCGCAGCGUAUGGAUGCGGGUUUUAAGACGUCUCAAAACGCCAUAGGACGAACGUCGCGGGGACUAACAACAGCGUAUGAAUGCGACUUGGCUGAAUUGCAAUUGCUCCGGUUGGCUUCGGUGCUGGGUGGUGCAACUGCAUAGCUUUGCUGAACCGACGCUCCACCUGAACGACUGCUGCUGAUUUUUCAUGCUGUGACCGUUGAGCCGUCCGAGAAGAGCGCUUGAUUUCGAAAGAGCUCUUAUGGCGCGUCAUCCCAACCGUCCGUUGGGACUGCCGGUAGCAAUCGCGCCGGUGGCGCUGCUCCUUGUGCUGCUGCUGCUGCUGCUGCUGCUGGAUCUGCCGUUCCUGCCGUCGCCUGCUCUCGUCGCGUGCACCAAAGUGCGCGAUCCCUACAAAGUGCUGGGCGUGUCUCGCGAUGCAUCCCAGCAGGAUAUCCGCGCAGCAUAUAAGAAACUCGCCAGGCGCUGGCACCCGGACAAGAACCAGGGCGCGCAGGCAGCUCACGAGCGGUUCCUAUCGGUGCAGGCAGCGUACGAGAUGGUGGGGGAGGAGGAUGCGAGGAAGAGGUUCGACCGAUACGGCCCUGACCAGGAUGGUCACAGCAGCGGGGGUCAGUACCAGCGGCAGCAGCACUACCACUCCGACUCCUUUUACUCACGCUGGGGGCAGCAGCAGAGUGAUGAGCUCAUGCCGUCGGCCACUAAGACGCUGACAGCUGUCAACUUUGGGCAGCAGGUGCUGGGCGGCGGGGACGCGUGGCUCAUCCAGAUCUUCUCUAUCUACUCGCCGCAGUCCCGCACCUUUGCUCCACACUGGGAGCGACUUGCGGCUGAGUUUGAGGGUGUGGUGCGCUUUGGCCGGGUGGAGGUGUCGGAGCAGCGCCGCCUGGCGUCUGUGCUCGCCAACCACCAGUGCUUCCGCUCCUCCUUUGGGUUUGGCUCCGGUUUCCCCGCCUUUGUGGCGUUCACCCCCUCCUGCCGUGACAUUUCAUGCUGCUCGUCCGUGUGGGCCUCUGCCUCGCCCUCCUCCCUGCGCUCCUUCCUCACUGACUCCCUCCUGCUCCUGCCAUACCUCCCGGCCGUCUCACCUUCGCUCCUGGAGCCCCUCCCUCUCCGCUUCUCAUUCCAAAAGACAGUCGUAGUGGCAGCAGUCCCAGUCGACGACUCAUCCUCCUCCUCGCCAUCCUCGUCAGCAGCAGCCACUCUUCUCCUGCACCUGAGAGCAGCAGCAGCAGACCCGCGCUGGCACUCCUCCCUCCACUUCUCCUCAGUCGGCCUCCACCCACACCACCUCAACGCCCUCGCGCCGCGCCUGGGCUUGCGCCGUCUGCCGUGCCUCCUCAUCUUUAAGGACGCGCUCAGGGAUCCUCUUGGAAAUGGAGCAAGGACAGGCUACAGGACGUUCUCUCCAAGAACCACUCUCCAGAUCUCCUUCCCCUGCACAAAGAGUCAGCACCUCUCCUUCGCGUCCAUGUCCCAGUUUCCCCCCCCCUCUUCUCCCUCUUCUCUUCCUCUUCCUCCUCCUCCUCCUCCUCCUCCUCCUCCUCCUCCUCCUCCUCCUCCUCCUCCUCCUCCUCCUCCUCCUCCUCCUCGUCCUCAUCCCGCCCCUCUCUCCCCCCACAUGGCCCCUGGUACUCUCUCGUUCUCAUCGGCCACUCAGCAGACCUUGCUCUCGCCAACGCCUCCUCCUUUGCCUUUUCCCUUGGGGAGAUCCGUAAGCUCAAGCGCAUUCUAGAAAACCCACCCUCCUCCGCCUCCUCUCCCCCCUACACUGCCUUCUCCUCCCACCGCCUCUUCCUCUCCUGGCUGGAUGCCUCCCAACAGCCCGCCAUGUGCCGCUUCCUCCUCUCCCUCUCCCCUCACUCCCACACUCAGUCACACCCUCACUCCCACCCUCACUCUCACUUCCUACCCAGCAUCACAGCCAAACUAACACUCUUUCUCUCCCCGCUCUUCUCUCCCAUUCUCCGUGCCCUUCCCUCCGCUAUCACCUCAUCCUUCUCACGCCUCUUCUCCUCAUUCCUACUUUACCUCCCUUUCCCUCCCUUCUCCCCUCCCCCUUCCAUCCUCGCCCUCUGCACAUCCCCCUCUCUCUCUCACUACACCACUCACUAUCUCGACCAGUUUUUCCUCCUCUCCUCCCACCUCCUCUCCUCCCUCUCCUCCUCCUUUCAAGACUAUGCCAACUCCAUCUCCCUCCAAUUCAUCGGCUCUCCAUUCUUCCCCCUCAGGCAGCCGAAUAGCUCUCUGACUGGCGGAUGGAGCUGGGGCAGGUGGGGGGGAGAGACCAGGGAUGGCAAGGCGGGUUUGAGAUCAGGAGCAUGUCCUGCUGUUGUGCUGCUGCGACAGCAACAAGUGGGGGCGGGAGAGGGAGUGAGGGGGUUAUGGAAGCAGAGGAGGGUGUCCCAGCAUGUAGCAGUCCUGAGAACGAAGGCAGGAGGAGCAAGGGCGGGAGGGAAGGGAAAGAGGCGGAGUGAGGGGGGAGGGGACGAGUGCCCUCUGGUGUCUGCAGGAGAGGUGUUUGAGUGGCUGUCGGAUCUCAUCGGUGGCAGCGACUCACAUGAUCUCGUGCACCCUCAGGUGAUGCACCCAUGCCCAUGCCCAUGCCCAUGCCCAUGCCCAUGCCCAUGCCCAUGCCCAUGCCCAUGCCCAUGCCCAUGCCCAUACCCAUGCCCAUGCCCAUGCCCAUGCCCAUGCCCAUACCCAUGCCCAUACCCAUACCCAUACCCAUACCCAUGCCCAUGCCCAUACCCAUGCCCAUGCCCAUGCCCAUGCCCAUGCCCAUACCCAUACCCAUACCCAUACCCAUGCCCAUGCCCAUGCCCAUACCCAUACCCAUACCCAUGCCCAUGCCCAUGCCCAUGCCCAUGCCCAUACCCAUACCCAUACCCAUACCCAUGCCCAUGCCCAUACCCAUACCCAUACCCAUGCCCAUGCCCAUGCCCAUGCCCAUGCCCAUGCCCAUACCCAUACCCAUACCCAUGCCCAUGCCCAUGCCCAUGCCCAUGCCCAUACCCAUACCCAUACCCAUACCCAUGCCCAUGCCCAUACCCAUACCCAUACCCAUGCCCAUG